GCAGAGUUUGGAUCCUACUUCUUACGAACAAGAAAAGAGUUUAUCUAAGCCAUAAAUUGCAGGACAGUUACCAAGAUGCACUGCAAAAUAGUUCAGCCAGUUCCUCGUAUUCAUCCCUCCUAAUACAUUGUAGUCUAUGAAAACUGGAAGCUAUCACUCACUAGCGAAUUGUUUUAAAUGUGUUUUUUGGCAACAGAUCAUUGCUGGAAAUGUUUUCUUAUGUCAAAAAGUAACUUCUAAAUUAUCAUUUCUGUGAUGCCCCAAACUGUGUAUCGUCUGAAGUAGUAAACUGUGUAGUUAAACAAAAGUUACUGAGAUAACAAGCAUCUAAAAUCUUGACACAGUAUGAUUCUGUAGCACCUCUGUUGGCAUGCAAACUAUUAGGAGUUAGGCUUAUGUACUGACUUUGGAAAUCUCAGAUGUUUAUUUGUGUUGUUACAGAUAUUGGUCAUAUGAUAGCCUAUAUCUUUUGCAAUGAAGAAGGGCUCAGUACAAAAAGUAUUAUGUAGGAAAACACAGAUGUCAGCCUCUCGGACACCUAGUCCAAUGUCUACUGUCAGUUCAAGCACCAGAUCACCAUCUCCUCCUAGCCGACAGGCAUCUCCAUCUACUCGCAAAAGCAGGGAGUGGAGACAUCCAAAACGUGAUAUUACAGCAAGAAAUAUAGAAGAUGCUUUUAAGAAUCAGUUUCAUGAAGAUGAAAAUGGUGUUAAUCCAGGAGUUAGGUACAUUACAGAAUCCCUUAUAAAAAGUCUAUCAAAACAGGAAAAUUUGGCAUGUAUAAGCUCACUGAAUCUUUCUUUUGCAAAGGAGGGGGACAAGAAAUUUAAGUACAUAGAAAAUUUGGAAAAGUGCUCUAAACUAGAGACACUGAAUAUCAGUAACAACCAAAUAGAGAAGAUUGAGAAGUUGGAUAAACUGUUGAAGUUGCGUGAACUCAAUUUGUCUUACAACAAAAUCAGUAAAAUUGAAGGUAUAGAACAUAUGCAGAAUCUACAAAAGCUGAACCUUGCAGGAAAUGAGAUUGAGCAUAUUCCUUUGUGGGUAGGGAAGAAAUUGAGAUCCCUGCGCAUCCUUAAUUUAGAACAGAAUAAAGUGUCAUCACUCUAUGAUAUAGCUAAACUGAAGCCUCUACAAGAUCUGACUUCUCUAUUCCUUGCUGAUAAUCCAGUUGCAAGUCUACCUCACUACCGCUUGUACACCAUAUUCCACUUGCGAGCGCUGGAAAACUUGGAGGGACAGCCAGUGACAACUCAUGACAGGCAGGAGGCUCUAGAGAGGUUUGAUUUAGAAGAAAUAGAAAAAUUAGAAAAAGAGUUGGAAAACACAGUAAAGGAGAUGGAUAACCUUAAAGUUAAACAGUCCAAAGUGCUUGAGCAGCUUCACCAUCAAGAUGAGAUCAAUAAAUCAUUAAAAGAAAAGAAUUUGCAGCAGAAACACAGCUAUGAAGAUCUACAGAGGGACCUGGACACCAAAAAUGAGUUGCUGGUGUCUUGGUUUGUCACAGUUCCCUUUCUGCAGAGCCUUUAUUCCUCACUAAAGUUAAAGCAGAAAACAAUGGAGCUAACGCGAGCUUGCCAGAAGCAGUAUGAACUGGAGCAGGAACUGGCAUUUUAUAAGAUUGAUGCAAAAUUUGAGCCAUUAAGUUAUUUUCCAUCAGAGGAUGUUGAACUCGAUGAUGUACCUGGUGAAAGUCCAUACAUUGGUAAGGCCAGAUACAAAAGAAAUAUGUUUAUAAGAGAGGGUUAUAUUGUUAAUAAAGCUCAUCAGAUGAAGAUUGUAAAGAUGCAACUAGAUGAAGAUGAUUUAUAUAGGAACCCCCAGCUAAAAUUGCAGCUUCAAACUCUAGAUGAACAACUGGAGGAUAAAGAAAAAAAGAUUAAUUCAGCACAAGGAAGAUUAGAAGAACUGCAAAGUGCAAUAACAAAUGCAGAGCAACAAGUUUUGAAAGUAACAGGGGAACUGCAACAAGUGGAAGAUGCUCUGGCUCAGAAAAAAAUAACAGAGGCCAGCAAAGAAGAUCUUGAACAGCAAUUGAGUAACAAGAUACAAAUCUUGCAUCAGCUACGCAAGGAAGCUUUAGAACUGGAAAAACAGAUGGAGAAAGAAAAAAGAGAAACAGAGAAAAAGCGGAAAGAGCUUGAAGACCUGCAGAGUUUUCUUGCUUCUGUAAAUCCUCAAGAUCCAAGACAUGCACACAUGAAAGCUCAAAAAACAAGCAAAGAACAGCAGCUUGAUAUAAUGAACAAACAUUACAAACAGCUUGAGAGUCGCUUGGAUGAAAUGCUUUCUAGGAUUGCUAAGGAAACUGAGGAAAUCAAGGACUUGGAGCAACAGCUCACAGAUGGUCAAAUAGCAACAAAUGAAGCACUCAAAAGGGAUUUAGAAGGUAUUAUCAUUGGAUUACAAGAAUAUCUUGAAAGUGUGAAGGGUCAGGCAAAACAGGCCAGUGAUGAAUGUAAGGAGUUACAGAAGGAUAAAGAAUCUUUGCUACAAAGAUUGGCAGAGCUAGAGGAGGAAAGAAACAACCUGGAAAUAGUUGCCAUGGAUGCAGAAAAUAUGAGAAAAGAAAUUGCAAUGCUGAAAGGUGCACUCCAAGAGCAACAAGAAAUAAAUGAAUCCCUUAGAGAUGCACAAGGGGACAUCAGCGCCUAUGAGGCUGAACUGGAAGCCCAGUUAAGAGACAGAGACACUGAAGCCAAUCAGCAAAAAGAAGAAUUGGAACGACUAAAACAACUUAGCCAGAUGGAACGAUCAGCCCUGCAAGCUGAACUUGAAAAAGAAAGGCAAGCAUUAGAGAAUGCUCUGACCAAAGCACAAAUAGCAGAAGAGAAGGAACAAGAAAACUAUAAACUCCUUUCUCAGUUCAAACAAUUGCAGGGAGACAAUAAUCUCCUGAAACAACAGCUUAAAGAUCUUCAAAAUCAGCUAAAGCACGCAGUUGGUAGCUUAAUUCAUCCUGAGGAAGUCCUAGCUCGUAUAAAUGAACUCAAACAAAAGCUUCAGAUGGGAGUUGGAGAGAUUAAGUGUCAUAAUUCCACUGAUGUUUUAGGGAAAAGCCUUGCAAAUCUGCAGAAGGAAUUUAAUAACAUCCUUGCCGAUGCACAGAGAGAAAAAGAGAAAGCAUGGGCUAGACAGAGACAAUUGCAGGAAGAAAUUUCAUCUCAACAGGAUAAACUGGAAGAUGUACAGGAAAAAUAUAGACAGGUUAAAUCUGAAAACAGGCAGAAUGAGAACAAGGUCCAUCAAUUGGAGAAUGAAAUUCAACAUUUACAUGAAAAAAUAAAGAGCAUGGAAGAAAUUCAGGGCUUGGCUGAUCAACAGCUCCAAGAGGCAGAUGAGGAAAAAGAGACGAUUCUUGCCCAACUGGAAGACUUGGAGAAAAAGAAAAAAAUAGAUGAUGCCAGGGCAGAAAUGCAGUUUAUCAGUCUAGACAAAGAACUGACGAAAUUAAAAAGAGCGAUCGUUACUUCAGAUAAACUGGCAGCCACAGAGCUCUCCAACGCUAGAAAUCAGCUGAAGGCUCUUCAUGGUACAGUACUCAGAAUUAAUCAGGAGCGAGCGGAGGAAUUUGAGGAAGCUGAAGAGUUCUAUAUUCAGGCAGCUCAGGCAGCUCGAGAUCUCGCCCGAGCAGAAGCAGAAAUAGAAUUGUUACAACAACUCCUAAAAGAGAAGGAAGAACAAUUUCAACAUGAAAUGGGGAAAGCUGGUGAUAAGAUUGAGUCAAGCUCUGAGAAGUUUGAAAUUGAUAAAUUAAAUGGAGCUAUGAAGCAACAGAAAGCAGAGAUUGACCGUUUAAGACAGUUGCUGGACAACAUCAGGACAGGUAACAAGGAUGAAAUUGAUGACUUGCAAGAUGAAAUUGCAGCACUCAGAAAUGUGCUUUCUUACCAGAAUGAUUACAUCAGUAGUAUAACAGAUCCAUUCAAAAGAAGGGGAUACUGGUAUUACAUGCCAUCAUCACAGGCCUCAACUCCUGCUUCUCACAGCACAAAAGAUUCUGGAGUUGGUUUACUAUGUUCUGGCACAUCCCCAUCCAGAAGAGGGCAUGUUCAGGACAGGCAAGUCAGGAGGGAAGACUUGCAUAGUCCAAGAGGAUAUUGGAUUUAUUCACCAGUCAGAACGAGGUUGUACAAAACAAAUUCUGCUAAAGGUAGAAAAGAGAAAGAUGAGGAUGGUGGAGGAAAUGAGGAAAUUUAUGUUCCAAAAGACCCUCCCUUUGUACCCCCACCUGGUACAGUUAUUUACACAGUCCUUCCAAAUGGUGCCCCUGUACCUCAGGGAACUGUGAUUUAUGGCCCACCUCCUUCUGCACCAGCAAAUGGAGGUUCAGUUGCCCCUGGAACAGUUAUCUAUGGCCCACCUCCUGUGGGAGCCCAGGUUGUGUAUGGCCCUCUUCCUGCUAAUUUCUCUGUCCCACUCAUUCCUGUCGGAGUUCUUCACUGCAAUGUGCCUGAACAUCAUGAAUUGGAGAACGAAGUCUCAAGGCUAGAAGACAUUGUGUAUCAUUUAAAGUCUCAGAAAUACAGAGAUAAAUGGUCAGGGGAAGCUGACCACAAAUAUAGGAAAGAGGUAGAAAAAUUACAUCAAAAUAUUGAAGACCUAGUGAAUGAAAGAAAAGACCUGGAACGUGAAGUAGCAGAGCUACGAAGAGCAGCUCAAAAACAUAACAAACGGAAGGACUUUAUUGAAGGGCAUACUGACAAUCUAAUAGCAGAAUUACAGUUAGAAAAAUCUCUGAAACAACACGAAGAUAUUACAGAUGAAAUUGAAUGUAUAGAGAAGACACUUUUGAAACGACGAGCAGAGCUUAGAGAAGCAGAUAGGCUACUUGCAGAAGCUGAAAUAGAACUUGAGAGCACACGGGGAAAGACCAAAGACACUAUUCAAAAGUACAAUCAUGCCAAACAGCAUUUGUCCCGUACUGAAACGGAGGCAGAGGAGCUAGAGCGAAGGGCUCAGGAAGUGGCCAUUAAACUCGUGAAAGCAGAUCAGCAAUUAAGGUUAUUACAGGCGGAUACAAGGGAUUUAGAACAGCAUAAGAUUGAACAAGAAAGUAUCUUGAAGGAAAUCAACAAAGUAGUGUCUGCAAGAGAUUCCGAGUUCCAGUCGUUAAACCAGAAGAUAGAAAUGCUGACUGAAAGUCUUCAGAAGCUUCAAGGAGAUAUUCAAGUUGCAGAAGGUAACGAAGAACAUCACCUCCAAAUCCUUAGGGAAGCAGAAAACAUUCUUCAAGGCAAGAAAACUGAACUGGAAAGACUGAAAGAUCAGAUUACUGCUCAGCAACAAGAGCUGCUGCUUCUGGAGCAACAACGGUGUCAAAGAAAAGAGGAGCUGAACGUCCUUCAAGAUUGUAUUUCUCAAAAGAAAGGUGACCUCAAAGAAGCUCUUCGAGAUGGGGAGACUGAAGCAAAUGAAAAACGACGCCAAAUAAGAGAAAUAAGAUUUCUUCUGGAAGAGCUGAACGCUGAGAGGAAAGAACUGGACGUCCAGAUUAAUGAGAAAAGAGCACAGCUUUCCUUCAUAAAGAAGGAUAUUGGAAAAGAAGAGGAAAAUCUUCAAGGAAUACUUGGGCAAAUUACCAAGCACAAGAUAGAACUGAAACAUGUUCUGGAAAUGCUGCAGCUUGAAAAUAAUGAACUUCAAGGUCUGAAACUACAGCAUGACCAAAAGGUCAAUGAACUAGAAAAGAUUCAGGUUGCAGUUCUAGAAGAAAAACUAGAACUGAAGAGUAUUCAGAGAUUAUUUCAGUGUCAGCAAGGGGAAGUAGACUGGCAGAAACAACGACUUGAGAAAGACCGUCAAGAAAAUGAACACCUGGUUUCUCAAAUGCGCACUCUGCAAAAUAACAUUGAAUCUUUAAAUAAAGAAAAACAAAAGCUUGAAGAAGGCUGUCAGAGUUUGGAAAAUAAGUUGUCGCAAACUAGAAGAGAUUUGACUGCUACUGAAGAUAGCAGCAGAACUGCAUUGUCCAAUAUAGAGAAGAUGGAAAUGGAGGUACAAAAACUGCAGCAGGAGAUAGAAGUACUCAACAAACACAAAAAAUCACUGAAUGAAGACAUCAUUGUUAUACAGAAGCAUCUUCAAGACAAAAAGGAAGAAUUGGAAACUUUGAAAGGAGAAUUAAAUGACUCCAGACAACAACUUCAACUGGUAGAACAGGAUUUGAAAAAUAAUACAAGGCAUCAGGAUGAGUUGCUUAGAGAGCAGGCAACCCUGAAAGAAGAAAUCCUGGAAUGCUUGAAGAAACGUAAGGAUUGCCAAGAGAGACAGAAAAAGAGGGAGAACCAACUGCAGCAGCUUCAGAAAGAGAUUCAAGAGAAAGAGACAGAACUAGCCAAACAAGAAGCGAUUCUUCAUCACCUCAAGCAAGAUUCAGAGUAUGAAGGAAAAAAACUGGAAGAAUGUACUGCUAAACUGAAAGAUCAGAAGCUACUAUUGGAAAAGGAGCUAACAGAUCAACAAAAGAAAUUGGAGCAGGCAAUAGCAAAAGUAAGACUGGCAGAAGAAAAGAUCAGGAAGCUGGAAAAGGAGGAGACGUGGUGUGCAACACUAGAAGAAACAGUGAGAAAAAGCAAACAUCAGGUCUCAGAGAAAGAACUACAAUUACAACAAAAAAACAGAGAAAUUGCAUCUCUUCAAAAAGAACUGGAACUUUCGGAAUCUGAGCUAAAACAUCUCCAAGAUCAGCUAGCAUCAGAGAGAAAAAAAGCACAAAAGCAAAUCUUGAGUCUGAAAGAAGCAAUUAAAAUGCAGAGGACCCAGAUGGAAAAAGAGCUGCAUGAACAAAAGCAUGAAAAUGACUGUUUGCAGAGUGAUAUAGCAACUGUUGAACAAGUAGCACAUAAUAACCAUGAACAAGCAAAACGCCUUAUUAAGGAGCUUGGCCAGAUCCAACGGGAAUAUAUGGAUCUCCAAACACAGGUUAAAACUCAAGAAGACCUGGAAAACAGACAAAAGGAAAUAAAGGAUGCAGCAAAGAUGCUUAAAUUGGAGAUUAAAGAUGAAAUUAGGACAGGGCUUAAAUCUUUAAGUCCAUCUUCUCCAGAAGUCUUGGAAAAUCUGGAAGCAGCUUUUGAAGUAAGGGAAAGUCUGCAUGGUGAAUCAGAUGACUUAGAGGAGACUGCUCCAUUUGCAGCUACUGAUAAAAGACUGCUCUCGCUGGAAGAAAAGCUGGAUUUUUCUAAAGUCUUCUUAAUGGAUGAACAGUGGCGGGGAGAAGCUCUCCGAGAAAAAUUGCGGCAUCAUGAAGAUCGCUUGAAGGCUCAACUCCGGCAAUGCAUGUCCAAGCAAGUAGAAGUAUUGAUCAGAGGAAAACAGCAAACAGAAGGCACCCUUCAUAGCUUGAAGCGACAAGUUGACGCAUUGGAUGACCUAGUCAGCAGUACUUCUUCAGAUUCGCUGUUUCUAGCCCAAAGCUCAUCAAGUCUCUCUCUUCAUGAUGCUCUGAAUUUAACAAAAACACAGGCAAGCAGGUAUUUCAGUGGCAUCUCAAGCACUGCAGCCUUACUCACAAGGAAUUUCUCAGUAGAGCACAGAGACAAGUGCUGAGCUGCAAAUGCAGUUGUACUUCUUGGAGUUGUGCCAUCUUUCUACCAUCUUUGAAGACUUCUACCUCACUUUUUGCCAGCAAUAACAAACAGGAUCUACUCAGUACUGUGAAGUUUCUAUAUGAUUAAAUAAUUGAGCUUUAUGUAUAUAAGAAAAGUGUUUUAACUAUUUUAAAGACAGAGUUAAAGUACCCAAAAUAACUACUGUUGCUAUUUAAGUGUUCAUAAUUUUGGUUAGUUUUCACUUUGUAAAGAUUUGUAAUAAGGACAGUUGUCCCUUACCUGUUGUCAAAUGCAUGGAUAUUGUAAGUACAAUUAUUUUUACAGUAUUUUCUUAAAUAAACUUUUUUAAAUGUUCAAGGAUAUUUAUACUCAUACUGCUAGGUGAGCCUGUAGUGCUACAGCAUCCUAAUGCUGGAGGAAGCUCUGACUCUAGUACCUCCUGUUUGCAGUGAGACUUGUCACAAAUGUUGACAUUUACUUUGCUGGCUAGUAUUUGUAAGCCUUUGAUUAAGCUUUGGUUCUGAAGCCUCCUCCGUAUUGUUUCUGAAGCAUACGGCUAUACUUACUGAUCGUACUGAUUUUAUUAUAAACUUGCCGUGUUGAUAUAACGAAGCCUUAAGGCUGCAAGACACAUUACCAGUCGUUCAUGCAAUGUAGGCCUGACCUGAAGAACCUAUUCCACCCUCCCAGAGAAACCUCACACAGCCUGAGAGCAGUGACCUGGAGUGACUGUUCUUCCAGAGCCAUUGUCCCCUUCCCAUCUACAUAUUCUCUGAAAGUGUUUUAAACCUGGCACUUUCAUCCAAAUUAUUAAAUUAUAACCUUUUAUAUGCAGUAAGCAUCACAACAUGUUACAUUUCAUCAGGAUUAACAAAUGCAACAGUAUCUCUGGCAACUGGUUCUGGACUCAAAGCAGGCAUGCUGGAUGUUAAUGUACCAGCCUUUUUCCAGAAAUAAGGUAGAGUCAAGCUAUAGCAGAGACCAGCACCAAAAAUCCCUCUUGUGAAAGCCCUGUAACAUUGUCAUCAUGUUAACCUUCAAGAAGGAAGUUUUAAAUAAGUAUUAAAAGCAAUUAUCAUCACUACAAAGGCUUCUUGCCUAGUUUUAGGUACUAGCUCACGCCAUACUUUCAGUAGUUUAAUGAGAUGCUUUUCCUCAAGAACUAAAGGCCUGACUGUAGGCAAGUGGGAAGAGGAGCUUUUGGGAAUCAGACGCUACGUAGUAGAUGGAAAACAGCCUAGGAAUUUAAAAGCAAGAACUGCAGCAGCCUGACUGAACAGCUCCAAGGAACAAGUCCCCUCAGAAACCACAGCAUAAACAAACAGGUCCAGAGGACUACAAGCAGAUUAAUUCUGAGAGCAAAUAACACAGCCCACUGUAGUUUAUCUAGAUACAGGUACUUUAUUUACAAAUAUUUAGAUUAAUAGCAUUGUUACAUCAAAUGAUGAGUACAGCAGUCCAAACAAAUCCUUUCUGUGACAGAAACAAUAAGACCUACUGUAACUUACUCUGGGAAUAAAGGUAUUGCACCUUAACAAGCUGUAGUCAUUAGAAUGUUUGCUGUACCCAAAUUUCAUUUCAGCAGCAGGUCAUGGUCCCUGGGCAAACUUUGUGGUGCAACCUUUUUUUUUUUAAGCAGGAUGCAUUAGCUAUAGAUCUUAAACAUACCAAUCUAUUAGUUAAAAAAGAAAAAAGAAAGACGACAAAAAAGGGACAGUGUACAAGUUACUCAGAUCCUAUUGUUUGCACAUUCCAGUUUUGGCUUUUAACAUUGACUGUACAAUAUUCUGGUACCACUGUUUACAAGUCUGAACAUUGUAGAGUUUUAGUGUCUAGGCAGGGAUUUUAACACUACUCUGUUUUAAACACUGCAGUAAGAC